UUACCAGCUCCAAGAAUAGGUGUAACAUUUAGGGCAAAAAAAGUUGCAAAACAGAAAACAUUUGAGAGAGAAAGUGCAAUCAAGGGAAACCCAGAAAUGGAGUCUACUAUAAGAAUGAGCUGUAAGAAAUCUGUCAUAUACUCAUACAACACCAGCCCACUUGCAGAGUGAGAAUGGGGAGCCAAGCCAAGCCAAGCCAGCUACUCUCACCUUACACUAUCACAUUGAUUGCGACACUUCAAUCCUCUUUUACGCAAUAAAUAAUUAGAGACAGUAAAUAGUGAGCUGUAAUUGCAGAGGAAAUCCCUCCAUUAACUCCACUGAGCUGUUUCUCUCUUUAUUCUAUUGGGAAAAAAAAAGGGAAAACACAGUACGGGGAUUUCGCAGAUAUCAAAGAAUUUCAGGGGUCAGAUCGUGAAAAACAUAAAUUUCCAAAAACAUAUCGGUUUGGUCCCGUCAACAGUUUCUAUGUCAACGAGGAAGAGUCGACACUGAGAAGAGCAGAGCAGAAGAACCGGGGAGGAAGAGAGCCCUUUGAGCUUUUAGAUUUUGCGGAAUUUUCAAUUUUUUUUAAUUGGGUUCACAUUGCUGAGAUCGCAAUCAGGGGAAGAUUUACAUUUUUGAUCGAAGCCAAUUCUCUGCGAUUUGUUUAGGAAUUGUUUGUGUUUAUAUGGCAAACUCUAAGGGGCCAUCUAGUGUCAGAAAUGUGAUGUACAAUGGGAAGAACUCUUUACUGCCUCCUAAAAGUCCAUUUCCGAGCAUAUCCCCAUCGUACAUUGAUUAUGUCCCGACUAUCACACAAAAGGGUGUUUCAAAGCCGAGGGAAUUAAAUUCGCACCAUAUGCGUACUUCGUCUGAGAGCUUUUUGAUAGAGGAGCAGCCGUCUUGGCUCGAUGAUCUUCUUAAUGAGCCAGACACUCCCGUGCGUAGAGGAGCUCAUCGGCGUUCGUCUAGUGACUCGUUUGCGUAUUUGGAUGCCGCUAAUGUUUCAAACAUGGAUUACUUAGUUCAAGAUGAUAGCAAGUUUAGAAACGUACUGCCUAACCCUUCUUGGGGAACCCAAGAAUUUGAUCUCCAUAGAGAUGCUCGGCAUGCUGCUUUUUAUGCAGAUUCUAUUGCUUCGAGCAAACACAAGAAUCGGGCAGCAUCUCCCAACAUAAUCGCUCACCCACGUGGCAUUCCUUCUCCAAGAGAAAAUUUUGUUGUUCAAUGUCCCCUGCAAGAAGCUGACAGGGCCCCGUCCCCAACAAUUGAGAAGCAGGAUCAAGUUGAAUCUGGCCUGCUCGAUUCAAAAAGCUCUGCGGAAAAAAAGGAUUCUCCUCAUGCCAAAAAUUCUUCCUCGGAAACAGAUACAAAACGUGCAAAGCAGCAAUUUGCUCAACGUUCACGAGUUCGGAAGCUUCAAUACAUAGCUGAGCUGGAAAGAAAUGUCCAAGCUCUACAGGCUGAAGGUUCUGAAGUUUCUGCUGAGCUCGAAUUCCUUAACCAGCAAAAUCUUAUUUUAAACAUGGAGAAUAAAGCUCUAAAGCAGCGUCUAGAAAGUUUAGCUCAAGAACAGCUAAUAAAGUAUUUUGAGCAAGAAGUAUUAGAGCGAGAAAGAGGGCGACUUCGGGCCUUGUACCAGCAGCAGAAAACACAAGCAAAUCAACAACCGCCAUCUUCUGGGCAUCGACGCGCCAAAAGUAGAGAUCUCGACCAACAAUUUGCAAACCUGUCGUUGAAAAACAAGGAAGCUGGCUCUGACCACGAACCCAUCUCGGGCCAACUGCAAAUUUGACCAUUCUUUAGCUAGAACCUCCAUAACAUCCUCUGACCGUUCCUCAUUGCGUGCGAUAUGAUUAGCUCCCCAAAUCCUGUGCUUCUCAGACUGCUUUGCCUUUGCUACUAGCUUCACAUAGAAACUCUAAUUUCGGUUGUUGUUGUAUCGUUUAAAACCUUUUUCUUUGUCAACGAUGCUAGUAAUCUUUUUUCAUGUGCACCUGGCAGUUGCUUGCCUGAGGUGAUUGGUUUCAAGCAUGAUUCUUCCUUCCA